AUGACAAAGUAUCUUCGUGGAAUUCCUGAUGAAGAAGUAUUUGAUACAAAAUUAUUAACAGCUCCUGAAUCUAUAUGGAAUGAAAAUCGAAAAAGAAUAACUUCAAGCUUUAGUAUAAACAUGUUGCAAGGAUUUUUUAAUACAUUCGUUGAAGAAUCAUUAAUGUUGAUGAAGAAAUUAGAAAAAGUUGAAAUAAAUGGAAACGAGAUUAUCUUUCUUGAACAUAUAACAACGUGUACUUUGGACAUUGCAUGUAUUGCGAGAUUGAAAGAAAUUUUGAGAUAUAGGGUGUUAUCUUCAUUGGAUGUUUCUUUGUUUGAAAAAAUUUAUUUGAAGAUAUUUAAUUUUACUACUUUGGGACGGGAACAACAAAAGAUUUCAAAGUUGAUGCAUUCUCUUAUUAAUGAGAUAAUACAGCAACAACUGCAUGAAUUAAGUAAACUGCAUGAAACUGAGACGAAAACUAAUACAAAUAAAACGUUUUUCAAUGUUCUGAUGGAAGCAUCUUGUAAAAAAAACUUUACACAGAAAAUGAUACUUGAUAACGUGAUUACAAUGAUCACACUGGUCUGUGAUAAAAUUUCUAUUACGACUAAUUUUGUUGUCUUUAUUUUGGCAAAUUUCCCAGAAGUACAAGAAAAAGUAUAUAAAGAAUUGUUGACAAUUUAUGGUACAGAAACGCCAAUAUCUGCACCAGUUAAAUGUGACGAUUUACAACAUAUGCUUUAUUUGGACCGAGUCAUCGAGGAAACGAUGAGACUUUUUCCUACUAUACCUGUAAUUGGCCGACGACUAACUGAAGAUGUAAAAAUCGGAGAUUCCAUUUUACAGAAAAAUACUAAUAUUAUAAUAGUACUUAUGUUGAUGAAUCGACAAGAGCAAUACUGGCCAAAUCCGUUAGAAUUUGAUCCAGAUAGGUUUCUGCCAGAAAGAAUAAAGAAUUGUCCUUUAAAUUAUCACAUCCCUUUUAGUGAUGGACCAAAGAAUUGUAUAGGUACAAAGUACGCGAUGAUUUCUAUGAAAGUUAUCUUAGCCACUUUAAUACGAACAUUCGUAUUCAAAGUAGAUCGAACCAUGCAAAUACGUAAUAUGAAGUUGAAAACGGACGUAACAUUAUCUACUAUUGAACCUUUAAAGAUUAGGAUUAAGAAACGAGAUCUCUAA